CGCCGCACAAGUCGGCAGUUAAUCAGCUGUGCAGUGGUAAGGAAACCAAAGCUAUGCCCGGAACUUCAUUCCUCGGCUCCCCCCUCCUCCUCUCGCCACCCUCCGCCACCGCCAAGCCCCUGCGCCACCAACCCACAAUCAAAAUGUCCCUCAACCCAAACCCCAUCGCCGCCAUCACAAAGCUCCUCUGGGGCCAGUCCCUCCCACCCAACCUCCUCAUCUCCACCGCCCGCUCAGCCUGGUCCUCCGCCUGGCACCUCAUGAUGUCCCAGCUCGCCCAAUCCGACCCCACAGGCGGCUACACCCGCCCCGCCUCCCAAUUCCGCCGAACCACCGCCGACCCAUCUCUGUCCCGCCGAAACCUCCACCUCUAUGUCGGCCUCCCCUGCCCCUGGGCCCACCGCACCCUGAUCGUACGCGCCCUUAAAGGCCUCGAAGAAUCCAUCCCCGUCUCAAUCGCCGCCCCCGGCUCCGACGGAUCCUGGGAAUUCAGGAAUAGCUCUAUCCCCGACCGGAAUAAGGAUAUCCUUGUUCCUAGCUUGGAUAAGGCCAAUGGCUGUAAAACCUUGAAACAGGUCUAUAAUCUGCGCAGGGGAGGAUACAACGGAAGGUCCACUGUUCCAAUGCUGUGGGAUGCCGAUCAGAAAGAGGUUGUUUGCAAUGAGAGUUACGACAUCAUAGAAUUAUUCAAUUCCGGUUUAAACGUGAUAUCAAGUAAUCCGGGAUUAGACCUUUCUCCUCCUCCAUUGAAGAAAAAGAUGGAUGAGUGGAACCAAAUUAUCUAUCCCAACAUCAACAAUGGUGUUUAUAGGUGUGGAUUUGCACAAAGCCAAGAAGCAUAUGAUAGCGCGGUAAACGAGCUGUUUAACACUCUAGACAUGGUGGAUGAGCAUUUGGGGAGUUCAAGGUACUUGUGUGGAGAUGCAUUGACACUUGCAGAUGUGUGUUUGUUUACAACUUUGGUAAGGUUUGAUGUUGUGUACAAUGUGCUAUUUAAGUGCACUAAGAAGAAGCUGAUUGAGUAUCAAAAUCUUCACGGGUAUAUGAAGGACAUUUACCAGAUUCCAAAAGUUGCAGCUACUUGUAACUUGGGAGCUAUUAUGGAUGGAUACUACAAGAUGCUUUUCCCAUUGAACCCGAGCAGCAUCCGACCCACCAUUCCUUCGGGCUGUGAACAUGAAAUGCUAUGCAAACCUCACAACAGAGAAUCCUUACCAUGGGUUGAAAGAGAUGUAGAUGCGCUUGUUUCAUAGAAGCCAUUUGGUUAUGUAGUUACACUCCUUAAGAUGGGAUGAUAGACUGAAUUCUUUUGGUACUGGAUCAUCAAAUAACGAACAUAGAAAUAAACAUUUAUGUACAUUAUUUCUGAAAGAGAUAUAGCAGCGUAGCUCUACAUAUACAUAAGCUCCAAGAAAUUUCAGUUGCUAACAAGAGAUCCCCAAUUCAAAGUCUUGAUGAGGAUUUUUUUGUAGUUUUAUAGCUUUGAUUGGUGAAACUUAAGUCAGUUUAAUUGAUCAAAUUUCCGGAGUACUACUAGAUAAUGCAUCUGUCUUGGUAAGAAAGAGUAAAGCGUGCAGGAUUCUAAAGCCCACAAGAACAAGAAGCUGCACAACCAAUGGAUCAAAACAGGCUUCCGAGAUAGCUUUCAUAGACAAUGCACUAGGUUUACUUGCAAACCAUGGAUCAGAUAUAUUAGAGUCCUGAACAUUGUCGGCUAUCUACAAUGGGAGUUGAGUCAAAAAAAAAAC